AUGCCUCCCGACCGCAUGGCACAUAAAUUCACCUGGCAGAAGGACAUCGAGGACGGCGACGCACUGUCUCCGAUGUACAGCCUACCCUCGGAGCCGUCCAUCGUCUACACGCCCCCGGGCCUCCACCCAAAGGCACAGAUCCGCAACUGGUCAACCAACAUGUACGACCGCAUGGAUCCGCUCAUGGCCAAACGCCUCCGCGACGCCCAGGAUGCCGACAAGAGCGACGCUGACGCCCAGGACGCCGUCGAAGCGGCGGCCCCUCCCGCGAGCACACCGCCCACGGCUUCAUCGGAAAACAGACCCUACACGCAAACCGAGGUCGCCGCAGCCCUGACGUCGCCGCAGUCACGGACGCUUGCCGGCAUCCCCGCCUCAGCGGCCGAGGGCGUCGUGGCCCAGCGCUGGCAGACGGUAGGCCUCUGGCGCGCGCAGGAGGAGACGCUCGCGCGGCGGUGCGACGCCGAGCUCACGCCGCAGCUCGCGGCCACGCGCGCACAGCUGCGCAGCGUGCGAGCUGGCGUCGACGUCAUUCUCGCCGCGCGGGAGGCCGCGGCCAGCUCGAAGCUUGCGAGGCAGAACAGGCGCAUCCUGCGGCAGGUGAGCGGCCAUUUGAAGGAUGUCAAGUAUCAGCUCAAGCUGAGGAGCCAGACGCUCGGGGAGACGCGGGCCGUUCAUGACCGGCUUGAGCGGGAUAUCCUGGAUGUGCAGCAGGGCAUCGACAAGGAGCUCCAGAGGGCCGGUCUGAAGGAUAUUGAGGCUGUCAGGGCCGAGGUUGGAGAGGAGGUUUGGGAGCGGUUGGUGCGUGAUGCUGAGGCAGAGGAGUGA